UCGGGUAGAAGCGUGAACCGAGACUAACUCAGGCUGAAAUUAGUCCUUUAAAUUACUUGCUUUAAUCUGGAAUAAUAUUUAAUAUUUAAUAUUUUGAUUAAUUACCGCGUAUAGAAAAACGAACUAUAACGACUAUAUAGAGCUACGCGGCGUGCCGUAGAUGGUGUGACGUCAUGGUUAGCGCGUCAUGUUUGUAGCAAACAGCUAGCUAGCUGCUGCUAUGUACCUGCUAUCACUGCUCAGAACUUACAUUUAGAUCGGGCUCCCUUUCAUACGUUGUAUUUAAUUUAGAGAUAUUCUGUGUUUUAGUCCAUCGUGACACGUUGUGGAGAGAAGGGGCCGCCCGUCAGGAGAGGUAAACAAACUAGCCGAGCUGCCCUCAGUAGCCAUCACCUCCCUUCUUGUGUCGUCGCUUGUAAAUGGAAACAUCUCCUGUUCCGCAAUGAACUGUCGCUCGGAGGUUCUGGAGGUGACAGUGGAGUCGAGGCAGGUGGAGGAAGCCAUGCUGGCUCUGCUGCACACCAUCUUAAUGCACCGCAGCACCGGGAAAUUUCACUACAAGAAGGAGGGCACCUACUCCAUCGGAACAGUGGGCACACUUGACUUCGACUGUGACUUCAUCGACUUCACCUUUGUCAGAGUGUCCUCAGAGGAGCUGGACAGGGUGAUCAGGAAGGCUGUGUCUGAAUUCAAGGAUGCUUUGAGCAACUCUGGCAGCGACGGCAUGGGGCAAAUAUCCCUCGAGUUCUACCAGAAGAAGAAAUCUCGCUGGCCUUUUUCCGACGAGUGUAUUCCCUGGGAGGUGUGGAGCAUCAAGGUCAACGUUGUCAACCUCGCCAACGAGCAGGAGAGACAGAUCUGCAGGGAGAAAGUGGGCGAGAAGCUGGGGGAGAAGGUGAUCAACGUGGUUGAGGUCAUAAAUCGCCACGAGUACUUGCCAAAGAUGCCCACCCAGUCUGAAGUGGACAAUGUUUUUGACACCAGUCUCAAGGAUGUUCAGCCGUACCUUUACAAAAUCACAUUUCAGAUCACUGACACUCUGGGCACCUCCGUAAGCACCACGAUGAGGAGGCUGAUUAAAGACACCCUGGCCCUGUGAGGAUGCCCCAACACAGAGAAGAGAAAGUUAUGGAUGACUUCAAUCCUAAAAAAAUAUCUAGUAACAUCUGUCAUUUCUUUAUGUAAAAAAAAAAACACAUUUUUUUCAGCUCCACUCCUGCUACAGUGAGAGUGUCAUCACUUUUCAGACGUCUCUGCCAUGAUUCUGGUAUUGAUUGUACCUCAAGAUUCUUAAUUACACAAUGUCUAUUUAAUGAUAUUUAGUUUUUAACAAACUUACCACCAUAUAGAAAUGCAACCCCAGCACAUUACACUAUAUAUAUAUAUCAGGAUAUAAUAUGAAAUCUGUAAAUUAUUGUAAAUUUCUGACAUAAAUGUUGAUUGUAACGAAUGGUAUUUACUGUCAAUAGGCAAGUCUCUUUAAAACUUAAGUCUGCCUCUGUGAAUUCUAACCUUUGAGACUAGAGCAACUACUGGCAAAUAUUACUUCACAAGAUUCAGUCAAUAAAAAAUGUAAUCUGA